GCCGCCGGCACCCCACGGCUAGGAACCACUUCUGAUCCGCACUAAACCUUUCCAAUCCUACCUAAGUAUCCAUGUACCUUCCUCAACCUAAAGUCGAAAGUUGAAGCUAUCCGCUAUUAAUAUCCAAGACCCUUCAACUUCGAAAAACCCCGACUCCUGUCGCAAAUGAUCGACAGAUAACCAACUUAAACCCCUCCCGAAAUAUGUCGUACUAUUUCGCCAUCGUCGGAACGCAGGAUAACCCGAUCUUCGAGCACGAGUUCGGCACCUCGAAGCAGGGCGGCGACGGGCAGCCGCGCUUCAGCGACCAGGCGCGGCACAUGAACCAGUUCAUCGUGCACAGCAGCUUGGACAUCGUCGAGGAGGUGCAGUGGGGAAGCGGUCAGCAGUACCUCAAGUGCGUCGACAAGUUCUUCAACAACUACGUAUCCUGCUUCGUGACGGGCGGCAACGUCAAGUUCCUGCUGCUGCACCAGCCGAUCACGCCCGUAUCCACGACUUCGACGCGCGCUUCGACGUCCAUCGGCGCCAACCCUACGAGCCCCCAGACCGAAGAGGCGAUCAAGAACUUCAUGCUUGAGGUCUACGAGAACUGGGUCAAGACUAUCAUGAGCCCUUUCUACAGAGCAAAUAUGGAGGUAAAGAGCCCAGUAUUUAGGCAGAGAGUUGCUGCGGCGGGGAGGAAAUACUUAUGAAGUACCGAGCAUCUAAGAACCGGACUUGUGGAUAUUAUUAGCCAGAUAGACCAAGGCGUCUGGAGUUAUGGGAGGCAGCAAUUGAGGGGAUCCGCUAUUGCUAUUAGACUUAUUCAUAAUACAACGAAAGCAUAAUAUAUCGAGUUCAUCGCGAAAUCAAAUCACAGUGGGCAUCGAAUCAAGUCAAAAUUGUGUUCAUAGCAAAGCAUAAAAGCGAUGCAAUUAAAUUCAGUUACUGCCGUAG